GUGCUGAGCGUCAUUUUCGGUAGAACGUUUGUGGGUUGUUGGGUUUGUUUCCCCGCUCCCUUCGUUUAGGGUGUUUUUAGGGGGCUUGUUGGGUUUUUCACGCUUCCCGUCGUAGUGGUUAGUCUCGCGAGAGCCGCGCGCCGAACCGGAAAGGACGCAGCAUGUCUGACAACGAGGAUAAUUUUGAUGGAGAUGAUUUUGAUGAUGUGGAGGAAGAUGAAGGACUGGAUGAUCUGGAAAAUGCCGAGGAGGAGGGUCAGGAAAACGUGGAGAUCCUGCCAUCUGGAGAGCGGCAGCAGGCAAACCAGAAGCGGAUCACUACACCUUACAUGACCAAGUAUGAGCGGGCCAGAGUUCUUGGUACCCGUGCACUCCAGAUAGCCAUGUGUGCUCCAGUGAUGGUAGAGUUGGAAGGAGAGACAGACCCCUUGCUGAUUGCAAUGAAGGAACUCAAAGCUCGGAAGAUUCCCAUAAUUAUCCGCAGGUACCUGCCAGAUGGAAGUUAUGAAGACUGGGGUGUAGAUGAAUUAAUUAUCACAGAUUAAUUGGCUUCCCUUCUGUGCUCCACCUUCACCUUUAUUCCAGAUUUUAUUUUAUUUUUGUGUAAAUAAAUACUAAAAUGCCA